CCAAUAUAAAAACUUCUCUACCUCCCUAACUAAAGCGAAUUGUCCCUGUCUCUAAAGCCAGAAGCAGCUAUCAUGUCUCUCACCGAAGACAAUUGGCAAACAACACGACCAACUAUCAGAGAAAGAACUAAGUUCGUUUUCAACAACGAACGUUUCAGCGAUGUCAACUUUGUUGUUCGGAAGAUGGACGAUGAACGCGAAAGUAAACACGUGAUUCCUGCUCACAAGUUGGUUCUGUCCAUCGGUAGCCCUGUGUUUGAAGCCAUGUUUUACGGCCAGUUGCCGGAGACUAAACACUCUAUUGAACUGCCUGACUGCGAGUACGAGAGUCUCUUGGAGUUGUUUCGUUACAUAUACAGCGAUGAGGUGGCUUUGAAUGGAAGUAACGUGAUGAGAGUAUUAUAUUUAGCAAAGAAAUACAUGGUGCCGUCACUCGCCGAGGAGUGUUCCAAAUAUCUUCUAAAGAACUUGGAUCCAUCCAAUGUUUUCAGUAUCCUUCCAUCCAUACAGAAAUAUCAAGAGAAAGACCUAAUGGAACGAUGCUGGAAACUGAUCGACGAAAAGACAAAGGAAGCUUUGAGAACGGAUGAAUUUGCGACAAUUCAGAGGUCCUUACUUAAAGAGGUAAUCAUUAGAGACAAUCUAUCCGUUGAUGAGAUAGAUCUCUUUAAAGCUGUUGACUUGUGGGCCACAAAGGAAUGUGAGAGACAAGGUAUAGAGGCACAUGGUGACACGAAAAGAAGAAUUCUUGGAGAACAAAUUGUCAAAGCCAUACGCUUCCCAACAAUGAAGGAGGUAGACUUUGCAGGUGUGGUGCUUGACAGUGACAUUUUAACAAAACAAGAGAUUAUCAGUAUCUUCAAGUAUUUUAAUUCAAUCACUAAGUCUGUAGAAGGCUUUUCCAAGGCGAAGAGGUUUGGUGAUAUUAAACGAUGCUGCAGACUGGGCUUAAAGUCAGACAACCCAUGGAAUUAUCCCAAUCGCAGAGAUUGUUUUAACUUCUCUGUGGACAAGGAUGUGGCGUUACACGCGAUAAGCUUCUUUGGUAACGAAAAUCAAACUUACCCAGUCACCUUAGAGGUGAUAGACAACACAAGCAAAUCAGUUCUAGCAACCAAAACUGCAUCCUUUCCAUCAGAGUUGUUGCAGUGCGAGAAAUGCAGCUACCAAGGUUUUGAGGUUUAUUUCGACCAGCAAAUUAACAUAAAGAGAAACACCUCCUAUGCUAUAAGUGCUCUGAUAUCAGGUCCUCCUACUUGCCAAGGAAUUGGUUGUGUUGGCUCAAUUCAAAGUGCAGGUGUAACAUUCACUUUCACCAACAAUGAAUCCUCAACAAAUGGAACAAGCACCAUGUGCGGUCAAUUUCCAGAAUUAUUGUUUUCUCUACAAUAAUCACUAGUUAGUCGUAACAGAAAUGAGUACAUGGCUUGUGUAACAGGAUAAAAUGGAUUGCUUGUGGAGAACAGGUGCACAUGGCAGAGC